CACCGCUGCGGACGCCUAACCCGGGGUCCUGGCGGCGCCCAGGGCCCUGCCUGCGCAGGCAGAAGGGUUAAGUCGGCCCUGCGCAUGCGCCUGCCCUCUCUCUUCCGGCGCUGAUCAUGGCGGAGAAGGAAGCAAAGAAGGUGCCAUCUGUACCAGAAAGCCUGCUGAAAAAACGGCAGGCUUAUGCAGCUAUGAAAGCCAAACGUCAGAAGAAGAUAUUGGCUAUAAAAAAGUUCCGUAAGGCACAAAGAAAACUCAUCUAUGCAAGAGCCCAAGCUUACCACAAGGAGUACAGGCACAUGUAUAGGCAGGAGAUCCGUAUGGCCAGGAUGGCCCGAAAAGCUGGCAAUUACUAUGUCCCAGCGGAACCGAAACUGGCAUUUGUGAUCAGGAUAAGAGGGACCAAUGGUGUCAGCCCUAAGGUCCGCAAGGUGUUGCAGCUUCUUCGCCUGCGUCAGAUUUUUAACGGCACGUUUGUAAAACUCAACAAAGCUUCUAUCAACAUGUUGCGGAUUGUUGAACCCUAUAUUGCUUGGGGUUACCCCAAUCUGAAGUCUGUGCAUGAAUUGAUCUACAAGCGUGGUUAUGGCAAGAUCAACAAGCAGCGCAUUGCUCUUACUGAUAAUUCCCUGAUUCAGAAACGCCUUGGAAAGCUUGGCAUCAUCUGCAUGGAAGAUGUCAUCCAUGAAAUUUACACUGUUGGCAAGAAUUUCAAAGUGGUGAACAACUUCCUUUGGCCCUUCAAGUUAUCCUCUCCUCGGGGUGGAAUGAAGAAGAAAACAAUCCACUUCGUGGAAGGUGGGGAUGCUGGUAACAGAGAAGAUCAGAUCAACAGACUCAUCAGGAGAAUGAACUAAUGGUAAGGUAUUACCAGAGGUUAAUACUCUCCACUGUUCCAUCUUUGCUAUGUAGGUUGCUGCUGUUACUGGUUGAACAUUCAGGUUUAAUAUGUAUUCACUCAUGCUUGGGUGGUACCUACAGUGUAAAGCUACUUGGACAAUACAGUGUUCUGAUUUUAUUUUUGAAGUCUUAAUAAAGCUUGAACAUUUGUGAAGAAAUUAAAUCUUUAUUGUGGCUGAUAUGUUUAGGAAGUAGAAACACUACCAAUACCUUAUUUUUCAUUUACCAGUAACUUGUUCUAAAACCUUUUUUGGGUUUUAUCAUGGGAAGCCUUGAGAGCUUGACUGAAAUUUUCAGCCCUCAUUAAUGAAUUCUUAAUAUGAUCAAAGUCUUGUGAUUGUAAGUACAGUAUUUUUUCAGAUUGUCUGAUUUCUGGUAUACAAGCCUGUUUAGGACUGGGAGAAAUUAAAUUAUCAAUUUAGACCAUUUUAAUGGUCUAAUUUUUCAGCUUGUUCAAGCUUCAAAAUGAUUCAAUUUAAGCUUUCAUGUUAUCGUGACCAAGAUGCUUAUUUUGAAAGACUAAUUUGCCCAUUUGGAUUGUCUAUCCUUUAGAAAUGGGAAGGUUUAUUAACACUUAAAGCAGUUUGACAGUGACAGCUGAGUGCUGUAGUAUCUUAUUCAAACAAUCUGUCUUACAAUCUAUUGUUGUCCCUCUGCUGUUCCUGCUUUGAGAAGUCUCUGCCAUUCAAAGCCAAAUCUUUUUUCAGAGUUCUUGUACUUCCCAUUGCUUUUUCCACCUUUUUCCACACUAAACCAGCUUUGAUGUUGCCCAUAUCUUAUUUUCCAUCAAGGAUAAAUGCCUUUUUGGUAUGACAGAUAUGCUGGAAUUUAAGAAAACUUCAUUGUGUUAGGAUGCUUGGAAAGAGUAACAAAGACCCAGUUUUCCCCAAACUGAUUCCUUCAAAGGCAAGAAGGUUUUUUCAUUGGUUUGGUUUUGGUUUGAGUUUUGGGGUUUUUUGUUUUUAUAUACCAGAUCAGCAGUUUACUUAAGAAUUCCUAACUUCCAGAGGGUUAGUUAAUAAAAAAAUAGUGGGUAGUGAUGUGACUCUACAGCUUAAAGCAGGUGCAGUUGCUGUUCUGGAUGAGUUCUCAGAAAUUAAAUUCUCUGAAGGAAGAGAAGUCUUUUUUUUUUUUUUUAAAGCUUGUUAAAAAAGUUUUUAUAGCCAACAAGGCAUAGCAAGUUGAGCUCAUCGAGGUCUACUGCCUGUCUAAGGAGCCAGCAGAGACUGACUAUGAAAUACCUUUCCAUUUGACUGACAGCUUUUUUUUUUCUUGAAGCUUUUUUGUAGGCUGUUCUGCCUCACUUUCCAGUCCCCCAAGCUUCUUGCAUGUUGCUUUGUUGUUUCCAUUUGUGAAGCAGCAGAGUUUUAAAGCACUGGUUACAUGGCACAUAGAAACUUGUGCUUCAGGAAGAUAGUUGCUUAUGGGGACAGUGUUCUUGUAAAGCUUUUUGGCCUAACUAUGGGAAGAAGCGGAUAAUUUUUGAGGAGCAGAACUGCUGUAGUGUUGGUGCCUGGGGUGAUGUUAUAUUACUCAUACUAGCAUUCUUGUAGAAAUUUUGCUGCUGGUUGCACAAACUGUUACAAAUUCAGUAUUCAGAUGUUUCCCUUAAGUUAGUGCACAAGGCUUCAUAACCAAGAAUGUGCAAAACUAUUUUCACUUUAUGUUCCUGUUUGGUUUCUGAGCCUAAGGUAGAAACUGCUAUUUUUAAUUGAAACCCUGCAGCUUUUCUGUCAGUGUAGAUCCUUUCUCCUCCAUCUUCACUGACAAACAUCGGAAGUAUACUGAUGGUCUAGAGUUUUCAGGAGCCUUUCCAUAGGAGGGAGGCUUCUAGUUACUUAUUGCAGUGGCUAUAAAUGCCUGUGAGGAGUAGUAUAUUGGCAGAGAAACUAGGGUUAUUCAGCUGGUUACUUAUGUUUUUCAUUGGACUUGUAGCUCAGCAUCCCAUGUAAGUAGCAGACAUCAAGGCUUAACUCCAUCUUUCAGCUUAGGAAGUGACCUUGCAGUUUCUGAUUUUAUGCUUAUUAGCAGUUAGUUGUUCUGCUUGGGCUGCAAACAAACAUACCUCUGGUGUAAAGCUAAGAAAAUUAACUGAUUGUUCUCCUCUCCUGCACUUUCUAUUCCUGCUAUUUUCCUACUGUCCUGAAUAGAGUGCAUAUUUAAAGUACAAGUAACCUACAUGUAGCAAAUAGAAGAAUGUUGUAGUUUCUACUGAGGUAAUAAGCAGCUAGAGCAGUAUGUUCAGAUGAGAUAUUUAUUGGUAGUACUCUAAGUUCUGUAGUUCUGAAGGGCCAUGUAUCUGAAGAUGAGUAUUCCUCUUCCCUAUAUAUAGAUGGUUCCCUGCUAUUUGUCUUUAUUUCUUAUUACUUAACUAGUAGUCUCAAAUAAAUUAAAAAAAAAAGACAACUUCCAGUACUGAUAUCUUCAUAUAGAUUGGGGAAAAAGCAUAGUACUUGAUAAUGAAUUUUGACAGUUCAUUACUGGCAAGAUACUGAAUUUCAUUAGCUCUCAAGCAAACUUUACAGGAACUGGUCUCGAGUCUUUUUGCUUUCAUUUUUGUAUGUAAACAGUCCCUGAAAUGUGCUGAAAAUAGUUAUUGCAGCAAAAGUUAGAAUGUGCAGUGCCUCAGUAUGUCUUUCAAAAUCAAGUUCCCCCCCGUGGUGCUUUUAGACAAAUAGGAAAAUAGGUACCAAUAGUUCAAGGUAGAAAUGUUUAUCUUGGUAGUUCUGUCACUUGAAAUCUGUGUUUUGAGUGAAGAGAUGUUAAUAUAGAAGUUAGUUAUUGUGUAGAAGACUACUGAAUUCUUAAAUCCAGUGAAAUAAAAUUAGUAUUUUCAGCCCAAAUUAUAAAUCAUAGAAAUGUAUUAAUUAUUUGUGUGGCCAAAGUAGUUUCAGAUCUACACAUGUCUAAUGAUACUUUUUUUUCCUUUCAGAUUCAGAUGCCCAGCUGCAAUCUUUCAAACUCUGGUCUGUUAAUAAAACCAUCUUGCACAAAACAGUA